AUGACUGCCACGGAUUCUGAACUAGAGCCUCUCGAUCCUGCAUAUGUGGCAGAUGUGCUUUCCAGACCUCCUUUUGUUCAGAUCCCAGGCGUGUGCAACGUUCGCGAUCUAGGUUCAUAUCCGACUGCGACUCCAGACGUAGUUACAAAGCCUGGUUAUGCCUAUCGUUCAGCAGAGCUCUCCAGUAUCACAGAAGAAGGUGCACGGAAAAUGGUCUCGCUUGGAAUUUUGACCGUCUUUGAUCUACGAUCAGAUCCGGAAAUGAAGAAAUAUAGCUCUCCGAUACCUACCAUUGAGGGUGUAGAGGUAGUCCCCACGCCUGUGUUCAAGAACGAGGAUUACAGUCCAGAAAAGCUCGCCAAGAAAUUUGAACUUUACGCAACUGGUACAACAGAGGCUUUCAUGAUCCUUUACUCCCAAAUACUAGAACAUGGCGGGCCUGCGUUUGGUACCAUUCUGCGCCAUGUUCGGGACAAACCAAACUCCCCUUUCAUCUUUCACUGCACCGCUGGGAAAGAUCGGACAGGAGUCAUCGCUGCCAUCCUUCUCAAGCUAGCAGGCGUGGACGAUCACUUUAUCUCACAAGAUUAUUCUCUUACACGAGUAGGGCGCGAACCAGACCGUGCAAAGGUCCUAGGAAGACUCUUGAAAGAGCCUAUGUUCGCUGCCAACUCUGAAGCUGCAAUGCGUAUGCUAACAUCUCGAUACGAGACCAUGCGAUCCUUCUUCAAUCUCUUAGAGAAGUAUGGCGGCGUAGAGACGUACGUCAAGACCUAUGCUGAGCUAACAGACGAAGACCUGAAAACCAUACGUUCGAACCUCGUCGUCACAUCAAAGUCUCGGAUGUAGAUAUCUUGAUCUCUUGCCACUUACCUCGCAUCAUAUGAACGCCCAUCACCACCACACAUCAUUGAUUUAUCAUGUUAUCCAUCAUUAAAGUAUCAUGUGCAUGCAAGUAUGUCCGCUGCAGGCCAAGCCAGUC